AUGUUCCUUGUUGCUGGGCUACUACCAGACCCCGAUGAGCCGUUCUCUCCGUCCCUAUCUCACGCCCAUGCAUGGAUACUUGCCGCAGUCACGGAGGCACUUCAAAUUGCCAUGUUCUGCUUCCAAUUUGGAAAAGAUCCUGUUAACUCCGGGAUGGAAAGUGUUCAACUAGGUCUUCUCAUGCUUAGAAUGGGAUUCUUUGUCGCCAUGGCUGCUAUCUAUCUCCAACCUAUGUAUGCGUGGUCCCAUAUCAAACUUGGUGAGACCGACCCUCUGCUAGGCGAAAUUGCUGCGAAGCCAGUACGUGAUGCGCAGCAUGGAGGAUGGCUGGACUACGUUGUCGGCUUUAGCACCCUCUUUCCAUACCUCUGGCCAUCAGACUCACGGAGAUUGCAGCUUCGCGCAGUAUUUUGCUUUUUCCUUUUGAUUCUUCAACGCAUAGUCAAUAUCUUGGUGCCACGCCAGUUAGGUUUCGUCGUUGCCUCCCUUGGGUCUGGUACAAUUCCUUACAAGCAGCUUGCAAUCUAUCUCAUCUUGAGGGGACUACAGGGUCAGCAAGGUGUUAUUGGAUCCAUUAGAGCCCUUCUGUGGAUCAGUGUCAGCCAGUCAACAUACAGGAGACUCACAUCUUCAGCAUUCGAACAUGUCCUCUCCCUCUCCCUUGAAUUCCAUCUUGGCAAGCGGAUCGGCGAGGUCAUGAGUGCACUAAGCAAAGGGAGUGCCUUGAAUACAUUUUUGGACGGCCUGAUAUUCCAGCUGUUCCCCAUGGUGGCUGACUUGUGGAUUGCUGCCUUGUACUUCUUGAUUGAAUUCGGGGCCUUUUAUGCUUUGAUUGUCAUCUCCGUUACCUGGUUAUAUCUAUUCGUCACUAUCUACAUGGCAAAAUACCGUGGCCGAGCAAGACGUGAGAUGGUAAACCGUGAACGUGAAAUGGAAGCUGCAAAGACGGAUGCUCUAAUGUCUUACGAAACGGUUCACCACAAUUCAGCAGUUCCCAAUGAGCUCAGCCGAUUCAAUGGACUGAUCAAAUCCUUCCAGGGCGCUGAGUACUUUGUAUUCUUCUCCCUAAACAUGCUGAAUGCUACCCAGAACCUGCUAUUUACAGCAGGGGUUGCCAUCGUCUGUCUACUAUGUGCUUAUCAGAUAUCCGCUGAUAUGCAGAAAGUUUCUAUGUUUGUUACUUUGAUCACAUAUCUGGCUCAGUUGCAAGCUCCUCUAAACUUCUUUGGAAGCUUUUACACGCAAGUUCAGAACAAUCUGAUUGAUGCAGAACGAAUGUUGGCUCUAUUCAAGGAGAAGCCCCUGAUUCAGGACGGGAACAAUGCUAUGCCGCUAAACUACUGCAAAGGUAAAGUAGAAUUCAAGAAUAUCAAUUUUGCCUAUGAUGAACGCCGCCCGGCGCUUCGAGAUGUUAGCUUUGUUGUGGAGCCUGGCACUUCAACCGCAAUAGUUGGAGAAAGUGGUAGCGGGAAAUCCACUAUCUUAAAGCUGCUGUUCCGAUUUUACGACGUUGCAGGGGGGUCUGUCCAAGUGGACGGCAUGGACGUUCGUGAUAUGACCAUUGCAAGUCUACGCAGCCAUUUGGGUGUUGUACCACAAGAUGCAAUCCUCUUCAACGACACUGUGCUCUAUAACCUGUUAUACGCACGACCAGAAGCUACUAUGGAACAGGUAUACGAAGCCUGCAGGGCUGCUAGUAUCCAUGAUCGGAUAAUGAGCUUCCCAGAUGGCUAUGAGACAAAAGUUGGUGAACGAGGGCUGCGGCUUUCCGGUGGGGAGAAGCAGAGACCAAAGGCCGAACAAGCAUCACCAUUGCGUAAGUCACUGCAACUUUUUACUCGAGAUACGGAGUCUAAUCUUUUCUACCCCAGUCACCGACUGUCUACGAUCACCAAAGCAGAUCAGAUCAUCGUUCUACACCAAGGACGUGUUGUUGAGAAAGGUACCCAUACCGAACUGCUGUCUGCAAAUGGGAUGUAUAGCCAAAUGUGGGAGAAGCAGACGAAGGCAAAGGUCAAGGCCGACAGUGAGAAUGAUGGAAAUUUGCUGAUAUCCCCUGAAUAA